AGAUGCUGGCGGGCCGGAGCAGCAGCAGCCAACUCAGAGCGCCCUUCUGCCGGCUCUGUGGGGGCUGUGAGCUUUGGGGGGCCCUUUGCAGACCCUGUGGCGUGUGGCCUGAGGACGGGACUCAGCCAAGAUGACGUGGAUCUGUCUGUCCUGCAUGCUCUGGCCGGAGGAUCUGGAGGCCCCCAAGACACACCACUUCAAGGUGAAGACCUUUAAGAAGGUGAAGCCCUGUGGAAUCUGCCGCCAGGUCAUCACCCGGGAGGGCUAUACCUGCAAAGUCUGCAGCUUCUCCUGUCAUCGGAAAUGCCAGGCCAAGGUGGCUGCCCCCUGCGUUCCUCCAUCCAACCAUGAGCUGGUGCCCAUCACCACUGAAAAUGUGCCAAAGAAUGUAGUGGACACGGGAGAAGGAUCCUCCCGGGGUGGAAACACACGGAAAAGCCUCGAGGACAGCGGCUCCACCAGGGUCAUCCCGAGUGUCCAGCCCCAUCUCCAGCCCAUCAGGAACAUGAGUGUGAGCCGGACCAUGGAGGACAGCUGCGAGCUGGACCUGGUGUACAUUACAGAGAGAAUCAUCGCAGUCUCCUUCCCCAGCACGGCCAAUGAGGAAAACUUCCGGAGCAACCUCCGUGAGGUGGCCCAGAUGCUCAAGUCUAAACAUGGAGGCAACUACCUGCUGUUCAACCUCUCAGAGAGGAGACCUGACAUCACGAAACUCCAUGCCAAGGUACUGGAGUUUGGCUGGCCUGACCUGCACACUCCCGCCCUGGAGAAGAUCUGCAGCAUCUGCAAGGCCAUGGACACGUGGCUCAACGCAGACCCCCACAAUGUUGUCGUUCUGCAUAAUAAGGGAAACCGAGGCAGAACAGGAGUAGUCAUCGCAGCUUACAUGCACUACAGCAACAUUUCUGCCAGUGCGGACCAGGCUUUGGACCGGUUUGCAAUGAAGCGGUUCUAUGAGGAUAAGAUUGUGCCCAUCGGCCAGCCAUCCCAAAGAAGGUACGUGCAUUACUUCAGCGGCCUGCUUUCUGGCUCCAUCAAAAUGAACAACAAGCCCUUGUUUCUUCACCACGUGAUCAUGCAUGGCAUCCCGAACUUUGAGUCUAAAGGAGGGUGCCGGCCAUUUCUCCGCAUCUACCAGGCCAUGCAGCCUGUUUACACGUCUGGAAUCUACAACAUCCCAGGAGACAGCCAGACCAGUGUCUGCAUCACCAUUGAGCCGGGACUGCUCCUGAAGGGAGACAUCUUGCUCAAGUGCUACCACAAGAAGUUCCGGAGCCCAUCCCGUGAUGUCAUCUUCCGGGUGCAAUUCCACACAUGUGCCAUCCAUGACUUGGGGGUUGUCUUUGGCAAGGAAGACCUUGAUGAUGCCUUCAAAGAUGAUCGAUUUCCGGAAUAUGGCAAAGUGGAGUUUGUAUUUUCAUAUGGGCCAGAGAAAAUUCAAGGCAUGGAGCACCUGGAGAAUGGGCCCAGUGUGUCUGUGGACUACAACACCUCCGACCCCCUGAUCCGCUGGGAUUCCUAUGACAACUUCGGUGGGCAUCGAGAUGACGGCAUGGAGGAGGUGGUAGGACACACCCAGGGGCCAUUAGACGGAAGCCUGUAUGCCAAGGUAAAGAAGAAGGACUCCCUCCAUGGCAGCACCGGGGCUGUCAAUGCCACACGUCCUGUGCUGUCAGCCACCCCCAACCAUGUGGAGCACACACUCUCUGUGAGCAGCGACUCCGGUAACUCCACGGCCUCCACCAAGACAGACAAGACCGAUGAGCCUGUCCCCGGGGCCCCUGGCAUUCCUACUGCCCUGAGUCCCGAGGAGAAGCAGGAGCUGGAUCGCCUGCUCAGUGGCUUUGGCUUAGAACGAGAGAAGCAAGGCGCCAUGUAUCAUACCCAGCACCUCAGGUCCCGCCCGGCCGGAGGCCCAGCUGUGCCCUCCUCUGGCCGCCACGUUGUCCCAGCCCAGGUUCAUGUCAACGGCAGGGCCUUGGUGUCUGAGCGGGAGACAGACAUCCUGGACGAUGAGCUGCCCAACCAGGAUGGGCACAGUGUGGGCAGCAUGGGCACACUGUCCUCCCUGGAUGGGGUCACCAACACCAGUGAGGUGGGCUACCCAGAGGCCCUAUCCCCACUGACCAAUGGCCUGGACAAACCCUAUCCCAUGGAGUCUAUGGUCAAUGGUGGGGGCUACCCCUACGAGCCUUCCAGCCGUGCAGUGCCUGCCCAUGCUGGCCACACGGCCCCCAUGCGACCCUCCUACUCUGCACAGGAAGGUUUGGCUGGCUACCAGCGGGAGGGGCCCCACCCAGCCUGGCCUCAGCCAACGACCACCUCCCACUGUGGUCAUGACCCCAGCAGUAUGUUCCACUCUCAGUCCUUUUCGGAAGCCGAGCCCCAGCUGCCUCCAGCUCCAGCCCGUGGCGGAAGCAGCCGGGAGGCUGUGCAGAGGGGGCUGAAUUCAUGGCAGCAGCAGCAGCAGCAGCAGCAGCAGCAGCAACAGCCUCGCCCACCUCCUCGGCAGCAGGAAAGAGCCCAUUUGGAGAAUCUAGUGACCAGCAGGCCUGGCCCCCAGCUAUUGGCAGAGGCCCCCAUCCCUGGGCUCCCAGAGUUCCCAAGGGCAGCCUCUCGGCAAGAGAUUGAGCAGUCCAUUGAAGCACUCAACAUGCUGAUGCUGGACCUGGAGCCAGCUACAGCCGCAGCCCCUCUGCACAAGUCCCAGAGUGUCCCAGGGGCCUGGCCAGGGGCUUCCCCACUCUCUUCCCAGCCCCUCUCUGGUUCCUCUCGCCAGUCCCAUCCACUGACCCAAUCCAGAUCUGGCUACAUCCCUAGUGGACAUUCCUUGGGAACCCCUGAGCCAGCCCUGCAGGCCUCCCUGGAGUCCAUCCCUCCUGGCAGGUCUUACUCACCUUACGAUUACCAGCCAUGUCCAGUAGGGCCCAGCCAGGGUUUCUGUCCAAAAAGCCCAGCCUCCUCCUCCUUGCCCAAUUUCCUUCCAACCUCCCACAGCCCUCCAGGGCUUCAGCAGUCCCCAGCCUCCCUCCCUGGCCUCCCCAUUCAGCCACAGCUCCCACCAAAGGAAAUGACUUCAGACCCAUCCAGAACUCCAGAGGAGGAGCCAUUGAAUUUGGAAGGGCUGGUGGCCCACAGGGUAGCAGCCUACAAUGCCAAACUGCAGGGCCUGGGGCAGAGAGGCAGCCUCCGGCCCUCUCCCCUGCACCGAGCUUCUUCCCUCUCUGGGGUGCAGGCUCGGGAGAAGCAGCCCACAGAGCCCCCAGCCCCUCUCCGGAGACGGGCAGCCAGUGAUGGACAGUAUGAGAACCAGUCUCCAGAAGCCACAUCCCCCCGUAGCCCUGGGGUUCGCUCUCCUGUCCAGUGUGUCUCCCCCGAGCUGGCUCUUACCAUCGCCCUCAAUCCCGGAGGGCGGCCCAAGGAGCCCCAUCUACAUAGCUACAAGGAAGCCUUCGAGGAGAUGGAGGGGACCGCCCCAAGCAGCCCACCGCCCAGUGGAGUACGAUCCCCGCCGGGUCUGGCCAAGACACCCCUGUCUGCUCUGGGCCUGAAACCCCACAAUCCAGCGGACAUCCUGUUGCACCCCACAGGUGUCACCAGAAGAGUGAUCCAGCCAGAGGAGGAUGAGGGGAAGGUGGUGACCCGGCCGCCCGGAGAGCCCCGGAGCUAUGUUGAGUCUGUUGCACGGACAGCAGUGUCUGGACCCCGAGCUCAGGACCCUGAGCCCAAGAGCUUUAGUGCACCAGCUGCCCAAGCCUAUGGCCAUGAGACACCCCUGAGGAAUGGGACUCUGGGUGGCUCCUUCAUCUCCCCAAGCCCCCUCUCUACCAGCAGUCCCAUCCUCAGCGCUGACAGCACUUCAGUGGGGAGUUUCCCAUCCGGGGAGAGCAGCGACCAGGGUCCCCGGACACCCACCCAGCCUCUGUUGGAGUCUGGCUUCCGCUCUGGCAACCUGGGGCAGCCCAGCCCUUCAGCCCAGAGAAGCUACCAGAGCUCUUCUCCUCUCCCGACUGUGGGCAGCAACUACAACAGCCCCGACUACUCACUGCAGCAAUUCAGCUCCUCUCCGGAAAGCCAGGCCCGGUCUCAGUUCAGUGUGGCUGGCGUCCACCCGGUGCCUGGGAGUCCUCAGGCACGUCACAGGACAGUGGGCACCAACACUCCCCCGAGUCCUGGCUUCACCCGGCGGGCCAUCAACCCCAGCAUGGCUGCCCCCAGCAGUCCCAGUUUGAGUCACCGCCAGGCAAUGGGUCCACCAGGUACUGCUUUCCAUAGUAACACGGUCUCCAGCCCUCAGAGCAGCACAGUGACCACUCCGGGGAGCCCCAGCCUAGGCCGGCACCCAGCAGGGGCCCACCAGGUUUCUGGCCUCCAUGGCAGUGUGGCCACCACUCCAGGAAGUCCCAGCCUGGGCCGGCAUCCUGGGGCCCACCAAGGCAACCUGGCCUCCAGUCUCCAUGGCAACACAAUAGCCAGCCCUGGAAGCCCCAACCUGGGCCGUCACCUGGGAGGGUCUGGAUCUGUGGUUCCUGGCAGUCCCAGCUUGGACCGGCAUGUGGCUUAUGGUGGCUACUGUACUCCUGAGGACCGGAGACCCACCCUGUCCCGGCAGAGCAGUGCCUCUGGCUACCAGGCUCCUUCUACGCCCUCCUUCCCUGUCUCCCCGGCCUACUACCCUGGCCUGAGCAGCCCUGCCACCUCUCCCUCACCGGACUCAGCAGCCUUCCGCCAAGGGAGCCCAACACCAGCAUUGCCAGAGAAGCGGAGGAUGUCCGUGGGAGACCGAGUGGGCAGCCUCCCCAACUACGCCACCAUCAAUGGGAAGGUGUCCUCACCUGUCGCCAGUGGUAUGUCCAGUCCCAGCGGUGGCAGCACUGUUUCCUUCUCCCAUACUCUGCCUGACUUCUCCAAGUACUCCAUGCCAGACAACAGUCCUGAGACACGGGCUAAAGUAAAGUUUGUCCAGGAUACUUCCAAGUAUUGGUACAAGCCUGAGAUCUCCAGGGAGCAGGCCAUUGCGCUCCUUAAGGACCAGGAGCCAGGGGCCUUCAUCAUCCGCGACAGCCACUCCUUCCGAGGGGCCUACGGGCUGGCAAUGAAGGUGUCUUCGCCACCUCCAACCAUCAUGCAGCAGAAUAAAAAAGGAGACACGACCCAUGAGUUGGUGAGGCAUUUCCUGAUAGAGACUGGCCCCAGAGGAGUCAAGCUCAAGGGCUGCCCCAACGAGCCAAACUUUGGAUCCCUGUCUGCCCUGGUCUACCAGCACUCCAUCAUCCCCUUGGCCCUGCCUUGCAAGCUGGUCAUUCCAAACCGAGACCCCACAGAUGAAUCCAAAGAUAGCUCGGGCCCUGCUAACUCAACUGCUGACCUACUGAAGCAAGGGGCAGCCUGCAAUGUGCUCUUUGUCAACUCUGUGGACAUGGAAUCCCUCACUGGGCCACAGGCCAUCUCUAAAGCCACAUCAGAGACAUUGGCUGCUGACCCCACGCCAGCUGCCACCAUCGUUCACUUCAAGGUCUCUGCCCAGGGAAUCACUCUAACUGACAACCAGAGAAAGCUCUUCUUCAGACGACACUAUCCCCUCAACACUGUCACCUUCUGUGACCUGGAUCCACAGGAAAGAAAGUGGACGAAAACAGAAGGAGGCGCCCCAGCUAAGCUCUUUGGCUUUGUGGCCCGGAAGCAGGGCAGCACCACGGACAACGCCUGCCACCUCUUUGCAGAGCUUGAUCCCAACCAGCCGGCUUCUGCCAUUGUCAACUUCGUCUCCAAGGUCAUGCUGAAUGCUGGCCAGAAGAGAUGAGCCCACCCUUUACCCUGGGCCAGUGCAGUGGGGAUGGGGCUUAUAGGGAGGGGAACUGGGAAUCCUGACCACCCAUGAAUCCAGAAGGAGGACUUUGGGAUAAUUUUGGAGAAGGAGAGAAGAAAGUGCAACAUGGGGCGAGGAAAGUGAAUUUCAGAGGAGAGGGGGGUGGAGAGAGAGAGCAAGAAAAAGAUGGCAGAGAAGAACGUGAGUUCCCCUGGAUGAUAGAGACUACAAAAACCCGAAGCCUUCAAAAUCGGGUCCCUCUAACCCCCCUCUCCCUCUCCUAGAGGAGAAGGAUCAAGCCUCCUUGGGGAUCCAUAUUUUGGGGGGGAAUGGAAAAGCCAUAUUUCCCUUACCCAACUGCUUUGCAAGGAGAAAUUAAGCUUUUUCUGGCCACCUGUAGGGUAGGCCACCAAACUAAACAGAGCCAGCAUGGGACACCAAGUGGGCAAACUUUUUCGUUGGAAAAUAUCUUGGACCCAAGGCACCUCAGGUCUCUUUGCUGUGCCUCUGACAUGUCGCUGUGUGAGUGUGCAUUCGUCUGUGCCCACAUCCUCUAGCCUCUAUCAGCUAGAGUUACAAGCAGCUCUCCUUGUCUGUGUCCCGUGUAUUUGUAUACACAAUGCAUACUGUCCAAAGAAGGUUAGUGCUGGGGGUGACAGGGCAGCAGGGAGGCUCUCUCUCCUAGACCCUGCACCUGCACCCUCAUGGCCCUUGGUGCCACCAGCCUUUCUCCUCUACCAAACCCCCCAAAGGAGUGGGGUGGCCACCCCUGCCACUUACCCUAUUCUGCCUUAACCGGGAGCUUUGGUAUGGAUAUGUGUGUCCUUAGCCUUGGGGAAGAGUCAGGAGGGGCAGCUGCUGAGCUGGGAGGUGUGUGGCCCAGCAGCAAGGAAGGCAAAUCGCUCCCACGGUGCCCUGGACUCUGCCUUAGCGCCCACCUCUCAGCCCUGUUUUUGGAUUCCAUGCCCCACAAUGAGCCUUAUCUCAGACUUGCUUAUCUGCAUGAUGCCUUUGGGGGGCUAGAGAGUGAGCCCUGCCCUGUACUAUCCUCACAGGGUCUCCACCUUGCAGUUCUCCCUGAGGAACCUGCUUCCUGGCCCAGGAGGCCCAGGGGAGGAGGCCGCAGUCUUUAUCCUCCCUCUGUACAUUCUGGGCUCUGACUUUUGCAGGCACCUUUCUAGCUGGGCUGCCCAAGGUGAAAGCAGAGCUCCUAGGACUGCUACCUGUGCACCCCAUGGCCUUCCUACAAGGCCAAAGCCUCGCUGUUUCCCUGCUGCCCUGGUUUUCCCAGCUGAGCCAUGCUGCCCAUGCAGCAGAGGGCAGAAGGCAAGCAAUUAGACCAAAGGGCCUGGGGUCCAUUUGGGCAGUGGGGAAAAACCCUGACCACCACCCAAACACUCAGGCCAGAAUGGAAAAUUCAUCAGGUCUCCAUACUUACACCUGAAGGGGUUCCCUAGAGAGAGGCAUUGUACUGAUAUAUAAAUAUUAUAAUAUAUACAGGAGACAUACUGACAGAAUCUGUAAGCUAAUAAAAUAUAAGAAAAGGUAAAAAAAAAUAGGUAAAUUGACAAGAAGUAUUUAUUGUUUUCCCAUAUUGCUUCACUGCCUUCCCUGGGCAUAACUGAAUCCCUUUUUAUAUGUAUAAAUAAAGCCUGAAACGGUGGGGGCCUUGAUCCUUGAAGCAGCCUGGGGUCUCCUGGCCUGGCCCUGGCCUUCCCUAGACUUUGUCUGGGGCUCAGUGUUGGGGGAAGUUGCACACAUUCCACCCAUUUGGUCCCCUUAUUUUCUGGCAGGCCAGGGGCCCAGCAGUCAGCUCCCAGGAUGUGAGUGUACCAGUGUGCGGGGAUGUGGCUGUGUGUGGCACACAGGGCUGUGUGUGCAUCUUUUGUACUUUUUCUCCUCCAAGGAGCUGGAUCAGUGUGGACAUUCUGUUUCAGGGAGUUGGAAGGUAGAAGGUCUGAAGAAGGUGGGAGUGGGGGCUAAGGCCCGACCAACCUCUCACUUCCCCUAAGAGCCAAACUUUGUGCUUGGUGAUUGAGAUCCCUCCUUCUGAGAUAUUCAAGCCCAAACCCUGGAUUUUGCCCUCUCCUCAUUCCCUGGAUAAUCCUAGAUCCCUUGCAAGAUGGGAGGAGAUAUUUGCCUCUCUUCCCUUGUAGAUAUCUUCAUCCUCCACUGGAUAGCCCAGGGCAUCUCCUCCUGGUGGGGAUGUUCCCUCCACACUUGAGGCUGGAUGGGGCAUCAGACCCAUCUAGGCUAGGCUCAGCCUUCUAGUCUAGGCUCAGCCUUCUAGUCUAGGCUCAGCCUUCACUUGCACUUCUCCUGCCCACUGUCCACCACAGCCCACCUCGUAGGCAUGGCAGCCCCUCCACACCAGGCCUGAGCCGUGUGUUACCCUUCAGGAGGAUGCAAGUUGAUGCUGCAAAGCUGAUAACUCACUCCCAGCAUCCCUCUGGGAGGAGCCAGUUUCUGAGAGUUUGGCCUUGUCAGGAGAAUGAGGGGAAGUGUCCCCAGUCUCCACAGUGGCCCCACCUUGGGGCCCUACACCAGAGCCCUCCUGUCUCACCCAUGCACACACCUACGCACACACACCACUCAGCACCGCAGUAUAUUCUUGCCAAAGAUUUCGUUUUAAAAAAAGCACUUUUACUAAUUAUUGUUAUUAUUUUAUAAGUGUUUAUCCUCUUUGUUCCUCUCCCUCCCUGGACCUAUUUUGCUGUUGUUUACUGUUGAAUCUGUUUGUCAGCCAGGAAAGUGCUGUCUGGUCUUAUGGGGACUGGGGCAGGAAAGAGCCUGAAAGAAGUUGGCAGGAAAGAGUGGGAGAAGCACGGCCAUCUGGCCGUGGCAACCAUGUGCAGGCUCUCGCCCCAUCCCUAGCCCCUCACUGCCUCUAGCUGUCCAGUCAGGUGUCUGGGGGCAGGCCUGGGGCCUCGCCUCAGCCGGCUCGUAUGCUGUUGGGAGGCAAGACAGCAGGGCAGGGACACAUCCAAUUAAGCUAGAAAAAGGGCCCAGUAAGUUCCAUGUGACUGUUUCCAGGGGGAGCAAGAGGGAGGAGUUAGGCACGGGAACAAUGGACAGCCCCCCGACCACUAUCACAGUGUCCUGACUCCUUUAUUUCAUCAGGUGUUAGAGAAACAGAAACUUUACAUCCCAGGUUUGGGAAGGGCCCAUCUCAUCUGAUCCUCUCCCUAAUAUCUCUGAAAGCCUGUGGAUUCCUUCUCUGCUGAUUUUUGAGGAAUCCUUGGUUGUGUCAGAGAUUGGCCAGGAUAGGGUUUUGGGGUCCUGAGGCUGCAUGACAGCAGGGGCAGCCCACUGCAUGCGUGUGACCCACUGGCAGGGGCUCUCAGGAGUGGGGGAGAGUAGGAGAUUCUUCUGCUUUGUGCUGAUUGACCUGUGCAGAGACUGGGCAGGUUCUCAUGCUGUCCCGGGGUGCAGGGGGGGCAGUGAGUGUGGUAGCAUCUAUCCUCGCUUUGACUCUCAUCUAGCACCCUUGCCUCCUGGGUCCUUUCCUCCUUCCUGGUUUGUUCCCAGCUUCAGAACCUGGGGAAUUCAAGUGGGCCAGUGCCCUGUUCAAGGAGGCAGUCCACUCCUACCCCCACACUCAGGGUCCUUGAAGAGGUUGGGAGCCAGGGUGCCAGAGCCACCUUUACACUCGGGUCCAGCCCCUGGAAUCUUGAGACUCACAUUUCCUUAGCCAGUGGUAACAUAGGACGUGUGCGUGUGGGUGUGCAAGUGUGGAUGUGUGGGCACAGUAUUUUUUGCUCAUCUCUUUGGGGAACUUGGGGGUCAGGGCUGGAGGUGGUGGGCAAUGGGCAUCAAGUCCAAUAUCACCCAGCAGCGAGAGGAAUCUGGAAGUGAGGCCUGUAGGGCCACUUUGGUGCAGUCUCAGUGUUGGUGAUGGUGGGGACGGGCCACACAGGGCUCUGGCAGAUCUGUUCCUUCUUAACUCCUCUGUCCUCCAGUGUCCGAAGUGUUGGAGUAUCUUUGUUUUUAUCCCGCACCUGGGCUCUUUCCAACAGCAAAGUCAUCAUAGAGGGAUGUCUCAAGUUUGUUUUCAAUCAGUGUUAAGCCACCUGAAACUCUCCUGUGUGUCUGUGUUUUGAUGUGUGCGUGGGAAUGAAAGAGUGCAUCCGUGCGUGCAUGCCGUGUUUCCCCAUUUCUCUCCUCCCUUCUGAUCUGUCAUUCAAAAUAAAUGCAAGAAAUCCCUGACCACCACCUUCCCUGCCUCCCAGGCCCUCUGCAGGAAAAACAGAAUAACCCAGCAUCCUCCUUGUGCCCCAGCUGUGUAUUUAUAUAGAUGGAAAUAUACUUUAUAUUUUGUAUCAUCGUGCCUAUAACCUCUGCCACCUUGUAUAAAUCCUGAUGUAUGCUACUUAUCCUGGACAUGAAUGUAUUGUACACUGAUGCUGUCCCCCUCCUGUACAGCUGCUUUGUUUCUUUGCGAUCCAUUGUAUGGCUUUAUAAAUGAUAAAGUUAAAGAAAAAUCUG